GCCAUACAUAUUGCGUAGUUUUUUCACUGUUGAUCAGCAAGAAGGUGAAAAGGUAACUGCUAAGUGCAAAACAUGUUCAAGAAAAGUUAAGGGCAAUACUAAAUCGACUGGAAAUUUUCUGGAUCACAUAAAGGUUAGCUAAUUUUGACUUAGUUGGACAAAAUAUUUUGAGUUUUAGUAUCUAAAUAGUUUUGAUUUUUCGUCGCAGAGUUAUCACAAGGACCAAGUUGAUCAAUACAACAAAGAACGUAAGGUUGAUGACAAGCGAAGGAGGGAGCAAAGGAAGCGGUGUGGGGGGAACGACCAGCCUGCAAUUGAUUCGAUUUUACCUAAAAAGCCUCGAACAAACAUGUCAAACUCUGAACGGCUUCAAUUAAAAUUUGUCGUCAAAGGACUACAUCCUUAUUCCAUUGUAGAGGAAUCUGGGUACCGUGAUCUUAUCACAGGUGCUAGUCAAGGGGACUGGAUGCCAUUGAGCCGAAGGACACUUGGACGAAGAUGUAAUGAUCAAUACGUAGAUAUGAAGAAGGCGAUGACCGAAAAAUAUACAAGAGUGGCUUAUUUUGGUAUUACUGCCAACAUUUGGACAUGCAAAGGCAAAAGCAGAUCUUUUCUAGGUUCCACACUGCACUGGAUAGACCAACAUACAUUGAAAAGACAUUCUGACGUUCUGGCAUGUCGUCGUUUCAGGGGUUCUCAUACAUUCGAUACGAUCGCCAAAUUGAUUAACGAAAUCGUUGACGAAUAUAAAAUCCCUAUGGAAAAAAUCGUGAAAGCUACAACUGAUAACGGUUCGAACUUUGUAAAAGCUUUUAGAAUGUACUGUCGUCCUGCCAAUGAUGACGGCGAAAGUGGAGAGGAACUAGAAGAGGGACAGGAUCCUGAUGAUGACUUGUUAGAAGAUAUCGAUGAAGAUGUCGAAUUUUUGACAUUGGCUGAAGUUCCACCACAACCAGAGCCUACUAUAUGCAUACUCCCACUGCUACAUCGAUGCAGGAGUCAUACGCUUAACUUGGUGUGCUCCUGCGAUGUGGUCUUAAACCGAAAAAACAAACUUCAACGUUCAGCUUUCUCUAAGUGUCAAGCUCUUUGGAAUGCCGUAUCUCGAUCCACAAUUAAAGCUGAACAAGUCCAUUCAAUAUGUGGGAAGGGGCUUAUUACUCCAGUCCCAACACGGUGGAACUCAUUGUAUGAUUCAAUUAUUAGGCUUCUUGAGUUUGAAGAUAAGCUCACUCAAAUAUUCAUUGCCGCAGGGUCGCCCGUUGUUACGCGGAAUGAAAUUGAUUUCCUAAUAGAAUACGUGGAAUGUACAAAGCCUGUUUGCGUAGCCUUGGAUAGACUUCAAGGAGAAAAUGGGAGUGGACAAAAUUAUGGAACCUUCUAUGGCGAAGUUAUUCCGACUUUGCUUUCCGUAGUCGCCCAGCUUGAGAAAAUAUCCCAAAAGAAACCUAACCUUUGCGAUGGACUCCCCAAUAUACUUCUCAUACAAAUUAAAAAUCGUUUCCAAGCAUUUUUGGAGUGUUCAAUGGAUGUAAAGGAUGCCAUGAUUGCGACAAUUUCACACCCGUACCAUAAAUUGCGCUGGUUGGAAAAUAAUGCAGCUAAACUCUCAGAGAUGACAGGCGUUUUCAAGACAACAGUUCUGAGUGUUGCCUUGUCAAGUAAUAGAAACUCGAUACCAACUUUGAGUACCGUAUCAGUCAUGCCAACUGCCAACAAAUCACCAGAUGACGACUUCUUUGGUUAUUCUCCUGUUCAAUCACCUACUGGAAAAACUAUUGAAGACCUGGUAGAAUCUCAAUGUAACGAUUAUCUAGCUUCAACUGAGACGGAUUUUGCAAUGUUACACUGAUUUCCUUUCGUCAAGUCAACUUUCGUGAAAUUUAACACUCCACUACCGUCGUCAGGUCCAGUGGAAAGAAUCUUCAAUUUCGGCACCAUGAUCCUCGACCCCAAACGGAAAUGUCUUACCGACCACAAUUUUGAGCGCUCAAUGCUAUUAAAAUUAAAUGACUGGAUUUAAUCCAAAGGAUAGAUUAUCUUUAUCUUUUGACUAUCUGAGAUAAAUUGAAAUAAAAAAUCUUUAUCUUUUGAC